GUAUAGAAAAUUCAGUAGAGAAUCUUACUUUCCCUGAUGUUUGAACAACACCUAGAAACCUGAAAUUUUGUACAAAUUGUCAGUGACCUAAUUUCAAACUAACAGACAGGCAAUGCAAGUAUUUGCAAGGACUGAAAAUGAUUUAGCGAGGAUCACAACUGUAAUGGCUAUAAGUCAAAUUGAUUAGAUUAAUAUAAUAGGAAGACUCAUGAAAACUCUCUGAAAAUGAGUUGAGAAUUGUCACGGGUUUCUUGUCUCUUUCGGUAUGUCAUACUGACUAUCAAUAGUUGGAAUGGCUUACACUUUCUCCAUGGACUGGUGUUCUGGAUGAGCUCCAAGGACAAAGUGGGAAUCUUGCGAAAUUGGGACAUUGGUUUUGUCAGAGGUAUGGAAAUCAGUGAGAGAGAAGAUUGGAUUCAUUUUCCAUACCUAACAGGCCCCUGCAGAUCCAUGAUGGAGGACAUUGCCAAAUGCAUUCACAAACAUUUGGGUCCGCUUCUUUGCCAAACAAAAAGCCCCCCAGAUGUUACCCAUUUCACGAGUCCCAGAGGAAAUGCAGAGGGGUCAUUCAUUCUUAGAUCCGGAGCCAAUUUGUCUCAGGUCAAAUUUGUAUUGGGGUCGUGGAUUCAUUGCCGCCUGGGAGUUGGGACUCUGAACGCUGCAACAUUGAUUGUAAUGUUAGGUCCUGACAAUGAUGUGCCUCAUUUCAUGUUUGAAGUUAUAGAGAAUGAUUCAUCUAAUCUAAUACUUCUUUUAGAUCUGCUACCAAGGAAGGACCUUGUUUGUAGCCCAGAAUAUUUGAAAGCUUUUUAUGAAGACUCUGAGCUGGAGAGAUAUAGACAAUCUGUUGAGAAAGCAUAUCACUCGCAAUCUUAUGUUCCUUCCUCUCUUUACGUUAGGAGUGCUGUGUCUCCAACAGCCCUCCUGUUCAAGUUCAGAGAUCUGCUUGCUCCCAAUGAUUUGAAUUUAUUGGUUAAGGAGUUGAUUCAUCCGACAGCCAAAAAUGUUUUUGGGACAUGGUUCCACGCUUUCAGCCACAUUGGGACGACAAGGCCCAAGGCAGAGGGGGAAGAGAAGAGUGUGAUUUUGGAAAGGGAUGAGCAGAUUAGGAGAAUGGGUAUCGAGAAGGAUCUCAGUUCUAAUCUGCCCAAGUUGUUUGGACAGGAGAUUGCAGACCGUGUAAUUGCUGCUAUCAGGAAAGGUGAAUGAAGCUUAAUUUAUAAGCCUAACAUGGGGUACUGGUCUAUCCUCUUCAUUAUCAUGCAAACCUUUCACUAACCAUAACUAACAUGAAAAAUCUGCCAUGCAUCUUGAGCCAACGUACAUGCUAUUUGAUGAGCACAUUUGUAUGAGUAGGGAGGAAGGCAAGACCAAACCAGGCAGUGAUUCUUACUCCUCUAUACUGUGUUAUCUUAUAACAUUCAUUCAUUCUUUUUCUUUACAAUGUCAUGUAAUUUGGUAACCAAGGCAAAAUGGAGUUAUUUAAAGAAAAAGGCUCUAUAUUCUUGCACUCAGCAUUUGAUCGUUUUUUUAGGUGUUUCUUUGCUUUCUAUUGCUGCAGCACUACGAAUGAGAUUUUUGCUUCUGUUUCCUUGGAUCCAAUCUGGCUAUGGGUGCAAAAUUAUUUAUAUUUGUUUUUUUUCUUGGCAUUUUUUGACAAUACAUUGAGUUGUACCUUGGUCUUUGUGCUGAUACCCACUUGGUCAGGGCAUACCCUCCUGCCAGGCAUGAAGAGGCAAGACUGUUGAGAUUUUACUGUUUGCACCGUUGAGGUGAGAUAUCAUGUGAUUAAGCAUCAUCUCCACCUGGCCUCUAGCAAUCUGUUUGUAAUCCCUGUUAGAUAAUUUCAACACAGUUGAUCAUUGGGUUCACGUAUUCUGAUAAGUACUGGUUAGCAUUUGACCCCUCAACAUCUCAAAAUAAAAUUAAAAUAUAUUGGGUUCAUGCAGAGAAGGGAAAUUCAAGUAUGAAUGCGGUUAGUCUUGUAAAUUUUGUCUGGUUGAUCCACUGCAUUCACCACUUCCGAUCUCUGCUUCCAAAUCUUACUCAUCGAAUGGGCUGUUUAUGAGGCAUCUUCCUUAGCAAAAAUGCUCUAUAAGAACAAUUUUCUUAUUGUCCUUCCAACCUUAGAGUGAGAGGAGGCAGAGGAAAAAGGGUUGUGCCCAAGUGACCUUGUGCAUGGCCAUCUUAUGCAGAAUGGAAAAUAUAUAUUAAUAACUACCACUGUCCAAAGGAUUUUCAGUGAGGUUUCAUGCAAAGUCUUCUAUGAUGGAGAAACUAAUAUCUCACUAGGCCAUUAUCUGUCUUAAAUAAUGAUGGAUUUAUUAAUGCUCAGUCACAGAUUUUGAUGAAAAACAAUUAUCAGGCACUGGAGAUCAAUUGUGUAUUUGUUGAGAGGGAAAAGGUAGAACUAGCUUACAUUGGAGGUUCAGACUUGGGGAAUUCCAUUGCCCAGGUCUGUGGGAUCCAGAAAACUGUGAAUAUCUGUAUUGUAGUAGAAUACAUGAGAAGCUUCAAGCAUCGCAAAGCUAAAUUUAGCAGGUUUUUCGUUUGAUGAUCCUAGAGUAGAUGAGCUGGAUAGCUCCUGCUGAAUUCAUGAAACUCCAUCAACAGGUAAGGUAAGAUAGAUAUUCUUAUUGUUGGUUGCCUCAAAAUAUACAAAUUUAUUGUUUAAAGAGGUUGGAGAAUUUGGAUGGAGA